GAAGUAGACUCAAUCAGCUCCUCCGCAAGUGAUUGGUGCGUUGAAAUGUCAUGCAAUACAGUCGGUGUACGUUAUGCCGGCUGUAGCACGGCGUAAUCAAGGUAAACCACUGUUUGUAUCGCACCUUUAGAGUAAUACUCAACCUAACGGCGCAGUUAGGUUUCCUUAUGAACUGGCUUUUUGUUUUUUGUUAUUUCUUUUGUUUUACACUCUUGCCGUUAUAUUAUGGUAGGAACCCCACAGUAAUGUACUCACCAGGUCGUGUCACCUUUAGUGUAAUAUUAUUGCACUCAAACUCAUAAUCAAUUUCAGUAAAACUGAAAAUUAAGUGCAAUUAAUACAGCAACACGUAAGCAAAGGACUUCAAGACAACACUGUGAUUGGUAAACCACGCCACCUACUGACAGUUUUGAUUUUGUGAUCAGUAGACAAACCUGGCCUGGUAUGUAACAUUUGCCAUGAAUUAAAUCUGUUCAUACUAUAAUAAUAUAAUGAAAUGGUGUCCAGUCAUUUAUAUCAUGUAUGUUAUAAGGAAAAACAAUUAAACAGACAACAAAAUGUGAAAGUUAAAUAAAAAAUAUAUUUAAAACAAUUGAAUAUCCUUCAUGAAGAUAGUUUUUUUUGCAUUAGUUUAAGUUCAGUGUAAACUGGCAAUUCAGUUUAAUCAUGAACACAGAACAAAAUAAGAACAAGAUUUUUUUGUUUUAUAUAUGCAGUAUUACUAAUAUGAUACAAAACAUUAUUUUAAUGUUAUUUAGUAUUAUAAUAGAUAAACUCCAUAUUUUUCUUCAUGCCAGAGGUAAGGAUUCUGUUGAUUUUAAUAGACACACCAUGUAAUUUAGGCCUAACAAAUAGGGAAGGAACUAAUGAUAAUUUUUCAUUCAUCUGAUUCAUCUACCGAUUAUCCUUUCGAUUAAUUGAUUGGUCUAUAAGAAAAGAGUGAAAAGCUCCGACCGCAAUGUCCUGGAGCUUAAGAUGUCAUCUUCAAAUAACUUCUUUAUCUCACACCAACAGUCCAAAACCCAAGGAUAUGUCACAUGAAACAAAGGGAGCAGGAAAUAUCCACAUCUGAGAAGUUGGUUAUUAACCUGUUGACAUACUGAUUAGUCUUAUCGUUUUCAGCUCUAAUAACAAAUUUCUACGAAUGUUCAGUUCUGUGGUGUUCAGUAUAGAGCAAUGGCGACUGCUUCGCCUCCCAGUCAUCACAACACAAUAUAAAAGUGUGACGGCGCCAUCUUCUGGCUCUUGCUAACAACGUCACAUGUUUUCUGACUGCAUGUGACAUGGUAAAUCGUCACACAUACGUGUUAUUGUCUCACGCAAAGCAGCUGCCAAGUCGUUUUAUCUGAACAUCUGAAUGAACUCCCACAUAGUAUUUAAACAUAGUAGUUUGCUUAAAAUAUUAACUAAAAACACAAAAUUAGUUAUAAUCUGGAUUGCAGCCAUUAGAACCUCCUGGUAGUUAUUUUAAAGAUGAGUAAAUGGUGAUUUUAAUUACUGUCUUCCUGUGUGUAUCGUGUACUUAACUUGCAUGUCACUGGUAUGGUUAUAAUGUGCGCGCGCGCGUGUAUGCGGUCCGUUAUUUUCCGGGUUGUGCUCAUCGUUAGCAGCAGUUGCUCUGCCUCAGCCGCCAGCUGACACUUUUACUGAGGAGGUGAGGUCAAAUUUGAUUCUCUCUCUCUCUCUCUUACCCUCUCCCUCCCUCCCUCUCUCUCUCGGUGUGUCGGCCUGUCUGUCUGUGAGAGAGGCAGCUAACUAGCGCAGAAUCAUCAUCAUCAUGGCGGUUCAAGGCGAAUCUCCGGCUCCCGUCCACCACCCGCAACCAGCGCUGACAACCAGCUGGCCAAUAACCAGGGAGUCGUACGAGCUGCAGGAAGUCAUAGGCAGCGGGGCCACAGCUGUGGUACAGGCAGCCCUCUGUACCCCCAGACAGGAGCGCGUCGCCAUAAAGAGAAUAAACCUGGAAAAAUGCCAGACCAGCAUGGAUGAGCUAUUGAAAGAAAUCCAAGCAAUGAGCCAGUGUAACCAUCCCAAUGUUGUCACCUACUACACCUCCUUUGUAGUAAAGGAUGAACUUUGGUUAGUCAUGAAGCUUCUGAGUGGAGGCUCUAUGCUGGAUAUAAUUAAGCACACAAGCAAAGAUGAGGACAGAAAUCGAGCGCUAGAUGAGCCCAUUAUUGCGUCUAUAUUAAAAGAAGUCCUAGAAGGCCUGGACUAUCUGCACAGAAAUGGACAGAUUCACCGGGAUGUGAAAGCUGGGAACAUACUACUGGGAGAGGAUGGAUCUGUUCAGAUCGCAGAUUUUGGAGUAAGCGCAUUCCUCGCCACAGGGGGGGAUAUGACUAGAAACAAAGUACGAAAGACUUUUGUUGGCACGCCAUGCUGGAUGGCGCCGGAGGUGAUGGAACAGGUUCGAGGCUAUGAUUUCAAAGCAGAUAUAUGGAGUUUUGGAAUUACAGCCAUAGAGUUAGCAACAGGCUCUGCACCCUAUCACCGCUACCCUCCCAUGAAGGUUUUAAUGCUUACCCUACAGAAUGAUCCACCCACUCUAGAGACAGGUGUAGAGGACAAAGAAGCGCUUAAAAAAUACGGAAAAUCAUUUAGAAAGCUAAUAAGUAUGUGCCUUCAGAAGGAUCCUGCCAAAAGGCCUACCGCCGCAGAGCUUUUGAAGUGUAAAUUCUUCCAAAAGGCCAAGAACAAAGAAUAUCUGGUUGAAAAGCUUUUAUAUCGUGCACCAAAGAUUUCCCAGAGAGCGAAGAAGGUGAGGAGAGUCCCAGGCUCCAGUGGACACCUGCACAAGACAGAGGAUGGAGACUGGGAGUGGAGCGAUGACGAGCUGGAUGAGGGCAGUGAGGAGGGCAAGGCUGCUGUCAAUCAGGGCAGGUCACGAAGGGUCAAAGACGAGGCCAAAGAUAAUGAGGAGAAUGCCAACAAUGUCCCUAUCGAAGGGCUGUCUAUUCAGCAUCCCCAGGUCGAACCCUUUGAGCAUAGUCCCUACAUUCAAGGUGCUGUGAACAUGGUACUACGGCUAAGGAACUCUAGAAAGGAGCUGAAUGACAUUCGGUUUGAAUUCACUCCUGGGCGAGACACAGCUGAUGGCGUUUCCCAGGAACUGUUCUCGGCGGGCCUGGUCAACGUGCACGAUGUUGUUAUUGUUGCUUCUAACCUUCAGAAGAUUGUAGAUGACCCAACUACCUAUAAAGUGUUGACCUUUAAGCUGGCUUCCGGCUGCGACGACACAGAGAUCCCGGAUGAGGUGAAGCUGAUCGGCUUUGCACAGCUAAGUGUUAGCUGAUGCCCUCUUCAUGCCUGAAGCAGGUGAGACAGUUCAGGGCAGACAGACUGAGGAACACAACACCACUUCCUGCAACAUCUUCCCCAACACCCUCCCUGAAAACUCACUCCCACUCCUCCCUUGCCUUCUUUUCACCUUCCCUGAGGCCAAGCACCGCCCCGCCUACGCCUCCAUAGCGCCGACUUCCCUGCUCACUGUCCCCUGACCUUUAACCUUAACAACAUUCCACCGCCCAGCGCACAGAGCGGGAUUAGGAACAGCCCCGGAACCUAAAGAUGUACUCAGGUGGUGACAUAAAGUGAUUAAGAUGUAGCUUUGAAUCUUUUAUUUAUUUUUUUCUUUUACUUUUUACAUCACAUUACCUUUGUGUUCGGCAAAGAUCUUAUUAUUUAUUGAAAUAAGAAGAUAUUUUUAUUUUGUUUCUCAUGCUGUUUUGUUGCCACAGUAAAAACAAAUUUGCUAUGACUCGCAUCUCACGAACACACUUAUUUGUGAUGUUUCCCUGAGGUCUUUGUCAGAAUGUAAGAUUUAGUUAAUAUAUGGGGAAAAGCACAUUUUCAUAAUAACAUAAUGAAUGUUUAAAAAGAGAAUGCAUUUUUUUUUUUU